AAACAGUUGGGUUGGGUGGGUUUAGGGUUUAAAAUUGAGAUUUCCAAAAACAGCUUAGUGCUUAACGACGGGAAGAGAAAUGAAACGAUGGGAACUACCAUGAUGAGAUGUUCCCACGCCAACGCUCUCUUCAGAGUUCUCAAAUCCAAACCCAAACCCCGCAAUUCACUUCCACUUUCUUCAUUGCAUAUCAACCAAGGUACUAGUGGGAAGGCAUAUGAUGCGUUGCUGUUGGAUGCCGGGGGCACCCUUUUGCAAUUGGCAAAGCCAGUUGAGGACACUUAUGCUGCUAUUGGAUCCAAAUACGGUGUGACUGUCAAUCCUGCUAUGAUAAAGCAAGGAUUUAAGAGAGCAUUUGCUGCUCCUUGGCCUGAAAAGCUACGCUACCAGGGAGAUGGGAGGCCAUUUUGGAAACUUGUAGUUUCUGAAGCCACUGGUUGUGGAGAUGAAGAUUAUUUUGAGGAAGUUUAUGAGUACUAUGCAAAAGGUGAUGCGUGGCAUCUUCCAGAUGGAGCUUUUGAAACAAUUACUCUUCUCAAGGAUGCUGGAGUUAAGAUGGCUGUUGUAUCCAAUUUUGACAACCGCUUAAGGAAGCUAUUGAAGGAUCUUAAUGUUUUAAAUCUGUUUGAUGCUGUCAUUAUAUCAUCAGAGGUUGGAUAUGAAAAACCAGAUCCAAGAAUAUUCCAAGCAGCUCUAGAUCAAGUAAAAGUAGAGGCUUGCAAAGCCUUACACAUUGGAGAUGAUCAAAAGGCAGAUAAACUGGGGGCAAGUGCUGUGGGGAUUGAUUGCUGGUUAUGGGGUAUUGAUGUGAAGACAUUCUCUGAUAUACAAAUUCGCAUCCUCAAUUCCGACGCAUAACCCUUAAUGUGGUUUGUAGCUCUGAUUUGUUCACACCGAUAACUAGCAUUUAAUUAGGUGGAUGAUUAAUGUUAUCCUCCUCAAUUUUUUAUGCAUGAUGCUAAAACAUAGAUGUGAUGAACUUGGUUUCCAAGUUUGGUUAAUAAUAUGUUGCCCCAGAAAUGAUGAUACUCGUUACAAAGGAAACAAGAUUUUAUCCUUCA